CUUAGUAAAAAAUACUAAACGCAAAUGUCAUAUGCGGUGUGAGUGUUAAGCUAUGUUUCUCUAUUGCGAAAAAUUUCGAAUUUAUUUGUCGAAUAUCUGAAUAUAGCAGAUAAAAAUAUUAAAUGUGAAAAUGGCUAUCUGUUUACGUACAUUUUCUCAUAAAAUACUACCGAUAAAUGGAAUAGUUACUACCAAAAAUCAUUCCAAUCGAUUCUCUCGGAAAAUUCCAGUGCGAACACAGUUUCUGGAAGAUUUCCUUAGUAAAAGACGCAUAUCUAGCUGCCGGGUUGCACCAAAGUGUACGACGGAAAGUAACUUUGAUGACGUUUGUGCUCAAGAAGUUACCAAUGCCGAUAGUUACCUAACCCAAAACUUGAACGAAAAAUCAAAACCAACAUUCAUAGACAACAAAGACGCAAAUGCAGCUAUCGAUAAUAUAGAAAAUUAUUUCAAUUACUGCACAGAUGGAAUGAAAACUUUAAGUUUGACGAGUGAUGAUUAUGUAGAACAGAAAAAAUCAUAUAAUUUAAAUCAAAUGCCAUCAAUAAGUAUGAAUGAUGUUGACUUCUCAAAAUGUAAUGAGGACAUAGAGCCAACAUGCUUAUCUGACUUUGAACGUGAUGCUAUUGCAUACUGCAGUGGAUCCUCUAUUUCUGCACAAAUGUCACCAUCUAGUACUGAAACUAGUGAUCAGGAAAAACCAAAUGAAGAGCAGUUAAUGAAAAUAUUUCAUACUUUGUCAAAUACUAUGCCAAGUUUAUUUGUCAAGCCAUUGGACUACUCAAUUUAUCAUCCAAAUUUAAUUUUUGUUAAUAACAUUAGAGGUGUGACUACUGUAGGCUUAUUCCACUAUGUCAAGCAAAUAGCCCUUUUGCGGACAGUGGCACACAUCAAAUUUGCUUAUGUGAACUUUGAAAUUUUGAAGAUUACACCUCAUCCAGAAGAUUCCUCUAUUAGGAUGAGAUGGAGAAUCAGAGGUAUUUCCGGUCUUAAAGUAUUCUUUAUGUUCUGGAAAUACAAGCUGUGGAACUUGAAGCAGGUUUUCCAAGAUCAGGAGCUGUGGUAUGAUGGUUUUUCAACAUUUUAUGUUGGUUCUGAUGGUCUCAUUCAGAAACAUGUAGCAGAUAAGGUGAUGCCUGACCAAGAUUCAAUAGUAGACGAUGAAGAAAAAGCACCAAUCGCUGCAAAAAUAGCUCUACUUAUUGGCCUUCUUCCUCGCAACUAUCUCUCUGAUGUGACACCAUACUUUACAUCAUCAUCAGGCACCUCUGAUUGCACUUCACAACCAUUUAAAGUUUUAGAAUAAUAAUUAAUAUUAUUAAAUAAAGAUUGUUUGAUAAUUAAUCUGCAAAACCACAAUUGUUAAAGUUUUUAGAGCUGGGAUAAAAUAUAUAGUUUAUAUUUAUUGCUGUUGAAAUGAAUUUUUGGACAUUAUUCUGCAGAACAGCUUCUGCCAACUGCAUAUAAAAAAAUUAUAGUAAUUUCUAAAAUUAUGAUUUGCAGUAUUAACUGUAAACUUAAACGAUGUUUUAAAAUUAGUAAAUGCCUUUUAGCUUAAUUAGAUGUUAUGUUUUUAAAUACAAUAAAUAAAUUACAUUGU